AUCAUUAGUUUCUUUUGUUAUUUUCAGCUCCACCUUCUUACCAAGAGGUAACCAGUCCUAGUUCCCAGCCUCUCUUUUCACAUGAGAACCAGUACAGCCAGCAUCAACCGCCAGGUGGCGCAACAGGACAGUAUCCCGGUUAUCAAUAUCCUCCAAAGAGUAGUUCUCCUGGUCCCUAUCCAUACCAACACGUACCGGGGGCUCCACAAGGAUUCACUCACAAUGUGGUGGUCAAUCAGCCUGGUUCUACUACCAUGGUUAUAUCUCGGCCCGUCAGACAGGAUUGGACACUGCCUGCCAUUCUUUCUUGUUUAUGCUGUUUUUGGCCAACAGGAAUUUUUGCCAUUUUUGCAGCUUGCAAGGCGAACGCUGCAGCAGCAGGGGGAGAUGAAGUAGAAGCACAGGCGCAGUCGAGACGCGCACGUAGCCUUCUUAUCACUUCCGUUGUUAUCAGAAUUUUCAUCAUGAUACUUUCUGCAAUUUUGCGAACAAUUGUGUAUUAAAAUCACUACCGUCACUGAAACAUAUUGGAUAUUACUUAUUUUUUGAUGACUUUCUCUCCAAGCAUACUACAGAAUAAGAUAUCCUUACAAAAAGAAUUAUUUGACAGCUAGAUUGUUAAGUGAAUUAAAGCUGAACAUAAAUUUAAAAUAUUAAACGGGUAUCUUAAAAGU